AUGGCUGAUACAUCUGGAAUGGCUGAAGAGGAAACACAAGUGUCUUCUAGUGACGAGAUUGAUCCAAGGAUGGAUGUCUAUGUGUGGGACAUGGAUGAGACCCUUAUACUUCUCAAUUCCUUGAUGAAAUCAUCCUAUGUCGAGGCUUUUAACGGUCUAAAGGAUGUGCCGAAAUGUGUCGAGCUUGGGAGGAUUGAUGGAGUUUUUGUGUUGCAGAUUGAGAAUUACAUUAAGUUGUUUCUUGAUGUUAUGUCCAAAUAUGAUGAUGGAAGGGACCUAUUUGAUUAUGACUUCAACAAAGAUGAAUUAGGGCCCCCACAUGAUGAUGUCAACAAAAGAAAACUUGCUUAUAGACCAAAAAUACUUGCAGAUGGGAAUGAAGAUGGAGUGAAUGAAAUACAAGAGAUUCAAUCCAAUAUCAAGUAA